GAGAGAAAAUGAAGGAGUGAGAGAAAGAGGAGAGAGAAAAGGAGAACCAGGGCGGCAGCUGCUGCAGCCUGACAGGAAGGAACGGAAAAAAAUAAAGGGUGCACGGAAUUAGCAUUUUCUUCCCGUGCAAGAGAGAAAGAGCCGCACAUUCAUCCUCUCCUCCAUGCUCUCACUCUUCUCUCAUCCGGCCCUAAAUGCUCUCCGGUAGAGGAAGACGCUUGGGGGUCGAAUAAAAGUCAGGCAGAGCAAGGGGACGUCAAGGGAAGGUGUGGGCAUGGCUGCCAACAGGGGCAAGUCCGGCGUGCCACAAAGCGUGCCACGGAGCGAGCUGAAGGUGUACCGCGUAGGCAGCAUGGAGGGACGCAUCCCGGUGCCGUCCAACCUUCGGAAACAGAGGUCCCUGACCAACCUGGCCGUGCUAACAGAUGCCGAGAAGAAGAUGCAACUCUAUGAGCCCAAAUGGUGCGACGAUAUGAGCAAAGCUGCCUCAGGACACCUGAAGAUGGGCAAGCCCAAACCGGCGGCCGGUGGAGGGGCGGGUGGUUCUCCACUUUCUCGCAACCUGUCCAAAUCGGACCACUCCCUCUUCCAGGGCAAGCCGAAGAUGUUCACCCCGCUUGCGGCACCUGGCGCUUUGGGAAAAGGCCCAAGUCGGAUCCCUCGAGGCCCUUACGUGGAAGUAAAACCCUUGAGCAAGACGUCCGAUGACUGCAAGUCCGACGACGAUAUCCUGUCUGCCAAAGCGAGUGGGAAGAAACCGGUAGCUGGCAGCUCCGGAGACCCGGAGGCUAAAGGUCAAGGUGAGGAAGGUGGCGAUAAACCCUUCCUCAAGGUGGACCCGGAGCUGGUGGUCACCGUUCUUGGUGACCUGGAGCAGUUGCUCUUCAGUCAGAUGCUCGAUCCCGAGUCUCAAAGGAAACGUACGGUUCAGAAUGUUCUGGAUCUCAGACAGAACCUGGAGGAAACCAUGUCCAGCCUGCGAGGGACUCAGCUCAGCCAGAGUUGUCUGGACAGCAGCGUCUGCUACGACAGCGAUGAAACCAACGCUCGUAGCAUCUCCAGCCUCUCCAACCGCUCCUCUCCUCUCUCCUGGCGCCACGGCCAGUCCAGUCCUCGUCUGCAAGCCGGUGACGCUCCUUCCUCAACGGGCAGCAGCUAUGUGUCGGGCAGCAAGGCCUCAUCUCAGUACACCUCUCACACCAUGCCUGCCCGCUGCUCCAGCCGGCUCAGCCACACGUCACGCAGUGAGUUCAUCGAAGGCCUGGACGCCGGAGACAGAGACCUCAAGUCUGGUUACCUGAGUGAUUCUGAUGUACUUUGCAAGAGCCUUAAUGACGACGACGAUGACGACAAUCUGGCCAAUGGUUGGGACGAGAGCAGCUCCAUCAGCAGCGGUUUGAGUGAUGGUUCUGAUAACCUGAGCUCAGAGGAGCUCAACGUCAGCUCAUCUCUCAACUCCCUCCCCACCACACCUGUCGGCUCGCGACGCAACUCCUCCGCCAUGUUGCGGACGGAUGCAGAGAAGCGCUCUCUGGUGGAGAGUGGACUGGCGUGGUAUAGCGAGGACAGUAAGUCUUUACGGAAGGCUGAUGGAGUUUAUGACACAGGCAGCUUAAAAUCAGAGACUUCCAGCAAGUGGAGGAAAACCCGGCUGCCGGAUGGUUCUCCGCAGGACAAGACGGGAAAAGGAGAACUGAAGAAACCUCAGAGUUUCGGACAACAUGGGAGCUACAAAAAGGGCCGCAAUCCUCCUGUGGGCGUCACCUCACCCAUCACACACACUUCGCAAAGUGUGCUAAAAGUAGCAGUCCCUAAAGGAGACACUAAGGCAGUCGACAAGGUGAAAAUGUCCGUCAAGGCAACGGGUCUCCAGCGUUCCCGCUCCGACGCGGGCCGUGACAACGAGCACCGCAAGCCUCCCUCAGGUCUGGUUAAAUCCUCCGCUGGCGGCUCCUUCGGUUACAAGAAACCGCCGACCACCGGAACGGCCACUUUCCUGACAGCAGGAGGCACUACUAUCACGAGCGGCUCGGCCACUGUGGGCAAAACCCCCAAGUCCUCGGGAAUCCCCAUCAAACCCGUCCCAGGUGGAGGUGGGCGCAAAAACAGCCUGGAUGCCAGCAGCUCCGAUCAGGGGUUCCUCGCGCCCAGUGCUCGCGGGAGCAUUCAGUAUCGCAGUCUGCCGCGACCUGCCAAAUCCAGCACUAUGAGCUUGACCGGACGCCCUUCCUCUCGCCCUGUUAGUGGCAGCAUCGACGCCAGUCUCCUCACCCUCAAACCUGUACCGCCUCUGUCCAACACCAUGCCCACCAGAGGAAGAGAAGGAGGCAGCUUGAAAGCGGCUAGUCGCCCGAGCACCACGGGACCCGUCAACCAAACGGACCGAGAGAAGGAGAAGGAAAGAGCCAAGGCCAAAGCCGACCUGGAGAUCAGUUAUCUGAAGGCCGAGAACCAGAGCGACAGCUGUGGAGAGACUGUGGAGAAGAUCCACCGAGUGCGGAGGACGAGCACUAGUAAAUACCCAGAACUGAGCUCUCCGACCAGCACGCCAAGGUUGUUGAGCAGUAAGUCUCUAGUUCAUCCUCCCAGCCUGGCUCACCUAGACAAGCUCAACUCCAACAGUCUGGACUCCUGUAUCACCAUCCAUGACCUUCCUCCAAAGAUCCCUCCCUACUCCAAGCUGCAGGACCUGGCGGGCUCCCGCGUGUCCCCUCGACUCACCCCGAGCCCCGCACCGGUGCUCCACAUCGACUCUCCCAGCUGUUUCUCAGGCCAGGCGCUGUCGGUCAGCAGCUCCCCCAUCCUCUACCCCAAGAUGUCCGGCCUGCACCGCAGCAUGGAGUCGCUGCCGCUUCAUAUGAGCAUCCCCGCCAAACCGGAUCUGGGACACCGGGAAGAAACCAGGAAUACUGGGACGUGGGGCGCAGGCAGUCGGACGUCCAUCACUUUGGGCGACAGUUUACAAACUGAUAGGAACACCUUUCCCAAGAAAGGAUUAAGUCACUGUGGCAGCGGCCAGUCAGAGGGAGAAGUGAGGGAACGCCGUCAUUCCCACACGAUCACGAGCAUGACGGAUUCAGAGAGCCCGCCGCAGCUGCCCUCACCGACACACGUGACGCAGCCCUUCCUGGGAAAAACACUGCCGACCAACGUGGUGGCACCAAUCCCGAGUUCAGGCUCCGGUUCCCAGAUCACACGCUCCAACAGCAUCCCGGCGAAUGACAUGGGAUACGAGCUGUACGGCACGUCUCCUCUGGGCAGCUCUCUGUCAAAGAGCAUGAUGAGAUCUGGAUCCUUCAGAGAGCCGAGUGAGGAUGUUCAUGGAUCUGUGCUGUCUCUGGCCUCAAAUGCCUCAUCCAACUACUCGUCGACUGAAGAGAGAAUGCAAGGAGAGCAAAUCCGGAUACUGAGGCGUGAGCUGGAGUCGUCUCAGGAUAAAGUGACCAGUCUGACCAACCAACUCUCAGCAAAUACAGGCCAGGCUAACCUGGUGGCAGCGUUUGAGCAGAGUCUGGCCCUCAUGACGGCACGACUGCAGAGUCUGUCAGUCACUUCUGAGCAGAAGGAUUCUGAGCUAGUGGACCUAAGGGAAACCAUAGAAGUCCUAAAGACCAAUAACACAGAAGCCCAGUCCAUCACUCAAGGGGCCCUCAAUGUCCCCGAUAUUUUUCCCUCAGAGCUGCAGAUCGACCGGCAGAACUCGUCAGAGAGCAUCUCCAGUCUGAACAGCAUCACCAGUCACUCCAGCGCCGGCAGCCUGAAGGAACAGGAGGCCAAGAAGAAGAAGAAGAAGAGCUGGGUCUAUGAGUUGAGGAGCUCCUUCAACAAGGCCUUCAGUAAAAAGGGUUCCAAAGCACCAUACGCAGAUAUAGAGGAGAUCACAACCCCGGUCACAUCCGCCCCGUCUUCACCCAAAAUCACCCACAAUGUGGAUAAUGCCUACUCUAAGGCCUCGACUUCAACAUCAGGAUCGUGCGAGGGCCAUGAGGACACUGAGCACGAAGAGAAAGUGGUGUCAGAGUUACGCUCAGAACUGUGGGAGAAAGAGCGCAAGCUGACGGACAUCCGUUUGGAGGCGCUAAGCUCCGCCCAUCAGCUGGAGCAGCUGCAGGAGGCCAUGACCAACAUGCAGAUGACGGUGGAAAACCUGAAGGCGGAGAAUGACCAGCUGAAGAUGGUUGACCCCUCCUCCAGACCUCCGAGCUCCACCUCCCAGUCCUCUGGGCUCGGUUCAUUGGGCGUCUCAUCACCACAGCAAUCGGUGUCGUCUUUCGGCAAGGGACAAACUGAGCCUUACCCAGAUGUCUUUCAAAGCCCCACCACGACUUUGCAGAAGGAUGAAAGUCUCGUCAGAGUGUUGGUUCGCAUACCCAAUCAGCACCUAUUUAAAGACGAGGUGAAACAGCUGGAGUUUUUAAUUGGCACGGUUAAAAUGAGCGGACGGACAGACUGGUUUGCUCUGGACUCUGCAGUUAUCCAGGCUUUUAAAGAGUAUUUAGCGGUGGUGGACCCCGGCUCCAGUCUCGGUCUCUCUCAGGACUCCAUCUACAGCUACAGCCUAAGCCAUGUGAAGAGGGUUCUGGGGGCGCAGCCGCCCGAGACGCCUCCUGUGCGCCUCUACACCAAAGGCUCCUCCUGCAUCAGCGUGACUCUGAAAGGACUGAAGGAGAAGUGUGUGGAUGUUCUAGUGUUUGAGACACUCAUCCCCAAGCCCAUGAUGCAGCAUUACAUCAGUCUGCUGCUCAAGCACCGGCGCUUGAUCUUAUCGGGCCCCAGCGGCACAGGGAAGACCUACCUCACCAACCGCCUUGCCGAGUACCUGGUGGAGCGCAGCGCUCGAGAGGUUACACCCGCCAUCACCACCACCUUCAACAUGCACCGCCAGUCCUGCAAGGACCUUCAGCUCUAUCUGGCCGAUCUGGCCAAUCAGAUCGAUCGGGAGAGCAGCACAGCUGAGAUCCCAUUGGUUGUCAUCUUGGAUGAUGUGCAUGAUGCAACAUCCCUCAGUGAACUUGUUAAUGGUGCUUUAACUUGUAAAUAUCAUAAAUGUCCAUAUAUAAUAGGGACUACCAAUCAGCCAGUGAAGAUGACUCCUAACCAUGGCCUACACCUCAGCUUCAGGAUGGUGAUGUUUUCCAAUAACGUCGAGCCCGCAAACGGGUUCCUGGUACGUUACCUGCACAGAAAACUAAUGGAGGCCGAGGAUCCCCGGAGCUUGAAGAAUGAAGAUCUGCUGCGGGUGCUGGACUGGGUUCCCAGACUCUGGUACCACCUCCACACCUUCCUGGAGAAACACGGCACCUCUGAUUUCCUCAUUGGUCCCUGCUUCUUCCUGUCCUGUCCAGUUACGGUAGAGGAAUUCCGCACGUGGUUUAUAGAUCUCUGGAAUCUCUCAAUCAUCCCGUACCUGCAGGAAGGAGCCAAAGAUGGCAUUAAGGUUCACGGGCAGAAGUCGGUGUGGGAGGAUCCGGUGGAGUGGGUCAGAGGGUCUCUGCCCUGGCCGUCUGCUCAGCAAGACCAGGCCAAACUCUUUCACCUGCCUCCCCCGAGCACGGGCCCCGGCAGCCCCAGCCAGCCAGGAGACGAUCGGCCACAUAAGGAGACGCCACCCAGCUCCGUCGAGUCAGAUCCACUGAUGGCUAUGCUGUUAAAACUACAAGAGGCUGCCAAUCACAUUGAAUCACCGGAGAAAGAAACUGAUCCAAAACUCCCUCUUCUCUGAACAUCCGACUGACGUUCCCAUCAUCUCCUCCAUCUCUCCUGCCGCCCAUGUGGAGGUCCAAACUCCAACAGCUGCCCAACACCUGCAGAUGACACCGUACUGUUACUAUAAAUGCUGUUAGAGCAUUUCACCCACUCAUUUAUUAUAUUAUCCAUCCCACCUUUUUCAUUUCAGUCAAAUGUCCCUUACAGUAAAGUACUGUGGUGGUACCGUGGUUCAGUGAUGCUAUCAGAUAGUAAUACCGUGGUGCUUUCUCAUAUGGAGAGUUGACUUGCUCUGCAAUAUGACAUGCUAAACGACCAUUUUAAAAAGCAUUUUGCUUUUUUAAAGUUAUUAUGCAUGCAGCAUGCAUAAUAAUGAGCUCCUACAAAUCGGAAGACUACAUGGAGUAUUUAUACUAUAUGGAAUAUUUGUUCUAAAAUCAGACCAGGACCUUUAAAAUGAUCUAGUGAUGGCAAAAAUAGUGGUUACAAUGGUAGAAAAUUUUCAGAAAGAAAUGGAGACCCGUUACAGCACCUAAAUCUACUAUACACUUUUCCAUAUGCAUUUAUUUAAUGCAGAAUAGUUUCAAUAUUGGUGGUGAUCCAUAAAACUAUCCAUAAGCCAUGGUGCUGAGUACAUAAUAAGGUAUUGUCAUGUUAGUGACCAAACCAUGGUAAUACCACCACAGCCGGUUUAUCCAUGGUAAAUUUUUGUUUUUACCAUGGUACUUUUAUGUAAGGGCUUGCAAAAACAAUUAACUAAUUCUCCUAAAAAAAAAAACAAUGACGAAAAUUAUCCUUUUAUAGCACUUCUAACUGCAUAUUUCUGUUUAUGGACACUUUAGUAAGUAUGUAAUUCUCUUUGUGGGAACCUUUACUGUUCCACUGCUGCCCGUAUUAACAACUCAACGAUGCAGGUGCUAAAAUCACUAGUGUGCACACGUGACUUCAUCUAGUGGCCAUGAAUAAGAGCCAACAUGGGAGAUAUUGGGAAAUAUGUCUCACUUAAUAAUGUAACACUUACGCCUAUGCUACAGGCCACUUUAGCCUAUGCUGCUUUUUGUACGUUUUAUUUCUUUCAUGUUUGAAUAUAGCCACAGCAUGAGCUAGUUUAACCCCAGAAACACUUAUGCAGACUGCAUUACAGCUUUUCUUCCUCUUUCUAACACAGUGAAUGCCUUAUAACAGAUUCUAAGUGUGCUAUCAUGUUCCCUCCUCACUCUGUAGGGGGCAGGGUUGAGCAAAGAUCAGAAAUGAAUAAGCACCUUGCAAUUUUUGAGUGUGAAUCUGAAUUAGAUUGGCAACAAACAGGAUGUUGUAUAGGAUUUUGAUUUAAAAUGAAAGUGAGGGGAAAUGACUGAAUUGCAGUUCAGUCAUGCAGUCUUUGAAUUUCAUUCCAUUUUAAUUCUAAUUCCUUACAUUUAAAUUGAAAGUAUGGUUCUGCAUGCUGUUUCAAAAGGUGCUUGACCCUGAUAAGGGGAAGCGUUCUCAAAACUGAAGCUUGUGUUCCCUCAAAAGUUCCCACAGUUCACAAAAGCACCUCAGUAACUCGCUGUAAAAAACGGCGGACCAAACAGACCAUUUUGUGCACUUUAAUUUACUGUAAUGAUACUGUAGAGAUGUUUUACUUGGCUUUGACACUGAUCUCAGCUCAGGGGUUUGGUUAUCUCAGGCCUCUAAUUAGAUUCAAUACAGCUACUUUCUCAGUUACUGCUCUCUUUGUAGCCAAUGGUACAAAUGUAGAAAACCAAAUACUCAGUGCUUUAUUCAGUACGAGGCUUUAUUUGAAGAGACGUUCACCCCAAUAAAGUGCACACGGAAGUGAAGGCAAAGAUCAUAUUUGAUUAUUUGGUGCUAUCCAGUAUCACUAUUGGAAAACAUCACUUGGUUUAGCAAAAAUCUCACUUGACAUCCAAUAGCCUUAGUCUUGUGGCAUUUAAGGGCAUCUUUAGGUACAACCAAGUGAUCAUUUUAUUUAUACGAUCCUUAUAGUGAUAGUUUUAGAGCAUUACGUUUCUUUAGACGUAGUUUAAUCGUCGCACUAAAAAUCCACUACUUAUGUCUAAGUAAAUCAGCCUCCUUUUUAAUGGUAAUCCAAAAACAUAUCAAACCGUAAAGCAUUUCUCUGAAGCUUUCGAGUAAUAUCAAAGUCAGCAGUUCUGUUGAGUGUUAACGAGAGUAGUGUACACUACAUCCAGACGUCCUCAAUGCUCACAGAAAGCAGUGGUGGACCAGUAAUUUCCCAUCUCUGUACCUGAAACUAGUCUCCAAACAUGCAUGUAGGUACGAUCUGGGCUACUGAAGUUAAAAUAUAACUCCAAUCAUUCCAUUCCUUUCUAUUCAUCUAUACUGCAUUAUCAUUACUCUACAGUGUAAACAUGAUUUCCGUAGUUCCUUCUCCAAGAAAUGAGGGAUUGUGGAGUUUUUUAGCCAAAUAGGGAGACUUGUAAUGUUCAAGAUGGCGAAAUGAUUUUGUUUUUUUAGCCUCCUUCGGUUGCGCUGCUGCUGCUUCAAGUCUAAUAUGUGACAUUUAUAUUUGACUACAUUCCAGACAUAAGACAGUGUGUCAGUGGCUUUGGUUGCUUUUCUGCUGAAGCCCAUUUGCAGUUUAAUUCUCGCUACUGCAACAAAAUAUUAUGUUUCAUAACCGCGGCAUGUUGGUGAUUUACCACUGAUAUUGAAUCUGGAUCAGCGAAUAAAGCUAAUCAUUGAGGGAAUAAAUCUAAUUCUGUUGUAACGCGAGCAGGUAGAGAUGAAUUUGCGGAGCGUUUUCAUCAGCAGCAGGCUAUUCUUGUUUUAAAAAGACGUUUAUUCGUGUGACUAAAGCCGCUGUACACUGUCUGCAUCAUGUUUCUGGUUAUUGUGCCUGUAACCGUGUGAUAGCUGUGCUGUGUUGUGCAAAGUCCCAUUUAACACGACAAUUCAGCAACUUUUUACUGUCUACUUUGUCUGUCCUGGAAUUGUAAUGACAGCACAUGGAUGGUGACUGGUAAAACUGGAUUUUUACAUUGAUUUCACUGUCUGUCGCUCAUAAGCUUUGGUUUGUGUCUGCUUCUGUUGCUGUUUUCACUCUUUCAUGCACCUUUUUAUGUGGACUAUAUUAUUGCAAUAAUUUGUCAUGUAUGUUAAACAGAGUCAGGAACUCCAUGGGAUAAAGACUUUGGGUGAUUGUAUGCCUUGAUGGGGCUGCCUUAAGGUCAGGGUCAAGCUUGGGCAACUCGUGAAUGAACCUAUGGAUCUUUAAUAUCAGGUGGUUUGGUUUUAUGUAAAGUGUUUCAAAGAGGACCAAUGAAAAAUAUAAAGCUGUUACAGAUACAAAGUGGUAAGAAGUUGCUGAAUAGUCCCUUCACUUCAUGCAAUGCUUGAUAUUGAUUCAAAAGUCCAAUACUAUUGCAUAAAAGGUAAUAUUAAGUAAAAAUGUGCAAUGGGUUUAUAAAUGUCGUAAACGCAUGUCACCUUAGUGUGAAGCAGAAUUACGGAUGUGUUCUACCUAAUUUGGGGUUGUAUAAAAGAAUGAUAUUACUUUCUUUUUAUCGUAAUGUUCCCCCAAAUGAUUGUUUGUACAACUCCAGUUCCAUUUUGUACAGAACAUUAUAAAUGUAAACAUUGUACAUAGCGUGGCCCUGCAUUUGCAACAACAAUCAUAUAAGAAAAAAACAUAAUGUCAUUAAGAAAUGUGGUUUGUAAGGAAGACUUGUGCUUUUGUUACCGAUGGAAUGGCCCGGUACAAGAAAACUGCCAUGCUUAGGAUGAUUGUAACAUGACCACCAAGACGUUGUCCAUCUGUCAUAAUAAA